AUGGCCGACAACAGCUCCCCAGACUACAAAAGUCUCUUUCUGCAGGAAGAAGAGAGAAGGAAGUACGCUGAAGAUGAAGGAAGACGCGAGAAAGAGAGACGGGAGCUGGCCGAAUCACGCCGGAACCAGAUUGAAGAGCGCACCCGUCGGACUAGGCCUUGCAAUUACUCGCGAGUCCUUGGCCCGCGCUACUCGCGAGUUCGAGUCAGAAGGGCUAGCUCGCGAGUUUCUGACUCGACUCGCGAGCUUUUUAUAAUAUAA